GUGGAGGUUCCCGCAGCUGUCCGGCGAUUCCCGGAGGGGCGGAGUUGGAGCUGCAGAGGGAACCGAGGGGGAAGGGUGGGUUCUGGUACUUCAACCGGCGUUGCUUAGCAGGAGGCUUGAAUAACUUCCUGAGGCAUUCGGUGGGAAGUUACUUGCCGUGGGAAGUUUGAAUUCCAGAAGUUGGCUCUGGAGAGUGCUAAAUUAGAGGAGACCUCAAGCAGCAGACAGCUUGGGUCAUGGCCUCCAACCUGGACUUCUCUCCUCCUGAGGUGCCUGAGCCCACUUUCCUGGAGAACCUGCUGCGGUAUGGACUCUUCCUGGGGGCCAUCUUCCAGCUCAUCUGCGUGCUGGCCAUCAUCAUACCCAUUCCCAAGUCCUACGAAGUGGAGACAGAACCAUCCGAACCCAGAAGUGCGGAAGUAACAAGGAAGACCAAGGCUACUGUUCCUUCUGCCAACAAGAGGCCCAAGAAGGAGACCAAGAAGAAGCGGUAGAAGUGGAGGCCUGAGGAGCCAGGCGGGCCUGGGAAUCAACAUCCUGUUUCCUGUCCGUCCCAGGCUCAGUGUCUAGAUGCUGUGAUGCCAUCUGACCAGAGAUCUGGACAGUCAUGACAGUCCCCAGGCUUCAGCUGGACAGACACCACUUCCUCCUCCUCCUGCUUCCAUGGUGGUUUCCAGUCCAGGGACUGAAAUCCCUUGUGAGCAGACACUGCCCUGGGGGGUUGUUCAGAAGCCAGGUCAGCUCACAGUUACUUACUCACUGUGGCUAGGCAAUAGGCACCCACCUUGUGGAUUCACACUACACUUUGGAAUCACUGUCUAAUGCUGAUAAGCACUUCCUCUCCCAUUGCUUCAUUUCUGCUGUGUGGAUGGAGCCAGACCUCACUUGUGUUAGGGCAAGAUGAUAUGGCUAUGCAAUGGUAGUGGUCCCCCUGGCUGCACCAACCAGGCCUAAAAAAUGCUCACUGGAAGAGCCAGCAGAAGGCCUGGGCCAGGGUCAUACCUGAGUUUCCUCUAUCAGGUGGAAGGGGUUUGGCUGAAUGAGUACAUAUUCUCGGGCACAAACUUUCUGAGCCUCUGAAAUAGUAGGCUUAGCAACUUCAGACCAACCUCUUCAACCCAUUGUGACAUCCAAGGUGUUAUGCCUUUGACUUUUACCUGCACACCAUCCUCCUCCUCUCAGUUUUUUCAUUCUCUGACCAGUGAAGAAAAGUUAUUUGGAAAAGUAAAGGUCAAUAAAGUUGCAUGCUCAACC